UUCUGCUGGUGCGAGCGCCUCCCUGGCUGAAGAUGGCAGGUUGGGAACGCCGGGUCGCUCCAGGCCGAGGGUUCCUCCUGCUCUGCAUUUUGACUCUGCAUUUUAGCUCUUGGAAUCCUGUUGCAUCAGCAGAGCCGAGCUCUACUCCUGGUGCGUUUUCGGUCACCAGCCCCUCUGUUCCGGAGACUUCCCCUGUUUCCAGCACAUGGAUGGUCUCCAACCACUCUGCGAAUUGGACAGAAGACACACCUCUCACCUGCCCGAGUUUUCAGUGCUCUGGAGAGAGAUGCUACCAGGACGAAGCUUAUGCCAAUGACACCGUGACCUGCCACAAUGAGACUCACUGUGAGCUCUAUCGUCUCACCCAUACAAACUACACAGCCAAGUGCAGCAGUGAGUGUGGGAGAGGGAACAGCACCGAGAUGUGUGUGACCAACAGCAGCGUGAGCAUGAGCAAGUGCAUCCUGGAGUGCUGCAACUCGUCCCUGUGCCUGCAACUCAAUGCCACCGCCUACGGUGACUUGCCGCCCACCACCACUCCAGCUCCCACAACCACCACCACGAAGCCCCCUCCCAGAAAUGGGAAAGUGUGCACAACCUUCUCCUGUAAUGGAGAUGGAUGCUUCAAAGGCCAGAAGUCUGCUGCUCAAUGCAUCGUUGGAUUCGACUUCUGUGAGAUGAAGAAGACUGGCUCAAAUUACGUGGCUGGAUGUAGCAAAGUCUGCAAGACCGCCAGCCCAGCCUGUACCACAGGAGCAGCUGGUCUCUGUUACCAGGAAUGCUGCCAGGCUACCCCUAAAACGAGCUGCCUGAAACUGGAUGGCAACGUGCACUUCAAUGGCGCUGGGCAGGUGGCUCUGGCCCCAAUCCUGAAACUCCUGGCCUGUGGUGUGGGUCUUGCCAUGCAUUACAGCCUCUCCACUUUCCUCCAGGGUUAAGCAAUGACCCUCUGAGCUCCGUAGACUGACUAGGGAAGGAUUCAGGGGCACACACAAUAUUGGCUAAAACUGGCACAAGAUCUAGGGUUUCUGUACCUCUUAAAUUCAGCUAAGGUUGGCUAGAAAAUUCCAUCUAGUGACUCAGCAUCACAGGAAGGGAGAUCGCUGGAACCCGCAGGCCUGGCUAGCGCCCAUGGAAG